CAGAGAAUUUGAUUUGUAAGAGUGGUACACUAGUAUAUUAAAGCAUUUCCAACACAGCUUUAAAAACGCGCGCAUCUCUGUAGUUAUAUAAAAUAUAGAAACAUUGAAAUAAUACUCGUUAAAAUGACUUCCAGUGGCACGAAGGGCCAUACAAGAGUGCAGUGGGCGAUUACAAUAUUGUGUAACUUGACGGUUUUCACGUAUGGCCUCCAAUGCGGUUGGAUGUCACCUGCCACCGUCCUGCUGCAGUCACACAACUCCCCCACUGGCAGGCCACUGUCCACCAGUGAAGUCUCAUGGGUAGCCAGCUCAGCAUCGCUGGCCGGAGUGCUCGGUGCCUUCGUGUUUAUCAAAACUGUUGAUCGAUUUGGGAGGAAAAUGGGAAUCUUAGUUAUGACAGUCCUACAAGCGUUGGUGUGGAUAGUAAAGUUACUGCCAGCCAGUACUACGACCCUCAUCGUCGCCCGAGUGUUCAGUGGCAUGGCAGGUGCUGGCUGCUUCCACGUGGUGCCCAUGUACGUGAAAGAAAUUGCUCAGGAUAGCAUCAGAGGCUCGUUAUCGUCUGUCGCUGCUUUAGCUCAGAGCAUUGGUAUUCUGGUCAUGUUUCUGAUGGGAGGGUUUCUGGACUAUUACACGGUGCUCUGGAUUGUGGUCGGUCUCCCGAUAGUCACGUUCGGAAUGUUACUUAAGGCUCCGGAAUCACCCUCGUACUUAGUCAAAGUAGGAAAGACUGAGGAAGCUACGCGAGUUCUCGCUUUCUUAAGAGGUCUGGAUGUUGAAGAUAAAGAAAUACAAAAUGAAAUCGAUGUUCUCAAGCGGGAAGAUGAAUAUUAUAAGUCCAUGCCCAGUAUUUCAAUGGCUACUGUUUUCAAAACUAAACCGUGGCGGAAAGCAUGCAUUAUCAUGAUCUUGGUGAUCCUGGUCCAUGCUUUCAAUGGAAGUUUCUCCGUCCUCAACUACACUGCAACUCUACUGCAAGACUCGGGCAUGAACAUCAGUCCGGAGCUACAGUCACUCAGCAUCCCUAUAUUUAUGACGCUGGGGUCUAUCGUCACAAUUAUUACUAUUGACAAACUGGGAAGGAAGUUGAUUUUGGGAUCAUCGUUUGCGGCCACAGCGCUUGCCUUCGCAUGCAUGGCAACAUCCUCGGUGCUGAAGAUGUACGGAUGGAUGGCUCCUGCCUGGAUCAACGUGACUAUGAUGAUGGUGCUCAUAUGCUGCUAUGGUGGCGGCGUCUGUCCUUUGCCUUUCAUUGUGAUGGCCGAGUUGUUUAAUUUCCAAAUCCGUGCUAAGCUGAUGGGUUACCUUGUGAUGCUUGCAUGGUUCACCAGCUUCAUUCAGCUGGUCAUAUUCAGUGAGUUGACCAGCAGGUACGGCGCACAUGUCAGUUUCUGCAUGUUUGUGGUGAUUAACGUGCUGGCGACCGCACUGGUACUCCUCGUGCUGCCGGAGACCAAGGGAAAGAGCAUCGAGGAACUAGAGAAGGAGUUAACGGAAGGGCGGAGAAGAAAGUGCGUUACGAUGUCUUAGUAGGUAGUCGUGGCCAAAAGCAAUAAUUAUGACAAUGUAAAUAGUUUUGAGACAUACUCUGAAAUGGACUCGGAUAUACAUAAGCGUUGAAAGAUGACCGUUUUAUUCAUCAUAUUAUAUGGAAAAGGUAUGGCAUUGGAAGUUUCCGAAACGCAAUAUGAUAUAUACAGUCGACUUGUAUAGCGUGAACCCGGCGCCGCAGCUGUGAAGCCCCUGUACCGGCUCAUCAUCCGCGCUGAGUAGCUCAAUGUGCUCGUUAAACUGUCCAAACUUGUGAACAGAUUUGUCUUCUACUUUGAUCGAUUAAGAUCGUUCCCUUUUUAAGAAGUUAUAACACAUUAUGAGGGUGGCGUGCCGACGAUUAAUAUUCCAGGCUUGAAAGUUAAAAUUAGUUGCUAGUUCAAGAGAAAUCAGUUGACUAUUGUGAACAUUAAUAAUGUUAUGCACUCUAUGCAGUUUAUUGUCCUGAUUCUAAAUAUUAUUGAAAUGUAAAUAAUAACUUUUUAACAAGUUUUCAUAAGUAGAGGCAGCUGUAGCUCAAUAUUACGGAUGAAAUAUUGUCUCAAAAAGAUAAUCUUUUUGGGCCAGUUGACAGAAAAAGAAAUAUAAUGUUGUGAUAUUAAUAAAAAAAGGUAAUAAAACACAUUAUUUUUUUAUUAUUAUAACCCUGUUUACUAAAAAUAUAAUGCUUUCGUAGAAUUAAAACAGCAAUAGGUACACAAUUCUAUUACUAAACAA